AUGGGAUUGGCUAGUUCCCCAGGAUGGUUCCAAGGCAUUAUGUCGCGUGUGUGCGAAGGGCUUGAACGAUGUAUGCUGUUCAUCGACGAUAUUGUUAUUUUCUCAAAGGGCGGGAAAGAACAUGUUGUUGACAUGACACAUUUUUUCGAGCGGGUAAAGCGAUGUAACCUUAAUCUCGCACCUAAGAAAACUUGCCUGGGUGUUAAGGUCGUCAAGUUUCUAGGACACGAAGUCACUGUGAAGGGUCUAAAACCGGACCCAGCUAAAGUGGCUAGUUUGCAACGAAUUCCUAUGCCAACGAACGUUAGCCAGCUAAGGUCACUCUUGGUUGGGCUGAGCUACUAUUAUCGAAGUUUCCUUCCAAAUAUGGCAGCUCAAACGCGUCCGUUAAACAAUCUCUUGAAGAAGGGUACCAAGUUUGUUUUUGGCACGGAACAUGUGGAAAUCGUACAACGGUUGAUGGAUAAACUGUCUAGCCCGAACGUGUUAGCCUAUCGAGAUGCGAUAUCGGGGGUCAGAAAAUUUCGUGUUAUCACGGAUGCGUCCCAGGAUGGAUUGGGUGCAGUAAUAGAACAGGACCAACCUGAUGGCACGACCAGACCUUUGUGUUUCUUGAGAACAGUAGAUCUACUCUUCCUAACGAGAAGCAGUGGACACCAACGGAAUUUGAAUGUGGUGCUUUGGUCUGGGCGAUAGAAAAGAACCGUCAAUAUUUCUAUGGUAUACCUUGCGAGGUGGUCACCGAUCAUCAGCCAUUCAUUGUUAAACCUGGAGAGUUUGUCCUCUAAGGUUAGUCGUG